AUGCCAGCCAUCCUUGACGACCCCUCAGCCGGAACAAUUUACCGCGUCUCUGGAGCGGCUCCCUAUCCAGACCCUGCUCAUCCUUCUUUUCCGCCCACCAUUGUCCCUCGCCAUGUGACUCUGCGGGAUCGCCAGACGGUGGCUACCGUCGUCCCCUUUGCCUCGCGCCAUCAGGUGCCCAAUUCCCUGCUGCACUAUCUCCAUGAUCAGUUCAACAAGGAAAUCGAGGGUGGUGAUACGUACCCCAUGUUGGACGCCAUGCCCUUCGACAAGUUUGCCGACUACUGGUUCCAAAACUUCGCUGGUGUCAUGCUCCUCGGCCAGAUCGAGCGCGGCGAGGACAUUGUCGACAACAAGAACUGGUCGACAGAGUGCUUGGGCACCUUCUACAUCAAGCCCAACUACCCUGGCCGCAGUAGCCACAUCUGCAAUGCUGGCUUCAUCGUGACGGAUGCCUCCCGUAACCGCGGCGUCGGGCGUCUCAUGGGUGAGACCUACUUGGACUGGGCACCCAAGCUGGGCUAUACGUACUCAGUCUUCAACCUCGUGUACGAGACCAACGUGGCGUCGUGCAAGAUCUGGGACGGCUUGGGCUUCAAGCGCAUCGGCCGUGUCAAGGGGGCCGGCAACCUCAAGAGUUACCCAGACCGUCUGGUGGACGCCAUCAUCUUUGGGCGGGACUUGGGCGACGCGGCAGGUAACGAAGAACUUCGCCGCGACUCACUACAAGCUGGUCGACGGUGA